CAAGAACGCCUUUGAUCAUAUUUCACUUAUGUUGAAGAAAGACAAAGAAUUGAUACAGGUGAUUAAGUAAUACCUGGGUAGCGACGCAGUAGUGCUGUCUCUUCCUCGGCAACAAAAGCCCUUUGUUCCCGUGUUAAGUACUACUAAAGAGAACAAUAUGGUCGUUCGUUGUCUUUGUUAAGUAGUUCUUCGAGCAAAGCCUGCCUGCCUCCAUCAAAGACAAAGCCUGCCAAGGGAUGGACCAGGCGUUGCUAUCGAACGCUGUGCCCCCGGGCCAGCAUCUUCAUGCGACUUCUACCGGGGGCCAGGCGCAGGUCGACGGCGACCCUGUCGUUCUUCCCUCCGCCCCACCCAUGCCGGCGCCCAUGCAGCAGCAAAUGAUGCUGGCGCAGAACUACCAGCAGCAGAUGGGCGUCGCCGUGUAUGAACUGCAAAAGUAUCGUAUUCGUAUAGAUGCGUGACAAAUUUCGAUUUCCUCAGCAUGAGAAAUAAAAUUUGUAAAUGCGGAUUCACCUUGAGAAAAAAAUUUGUAAUGCAUGACUGGCAAUACGAGUGCGAUACUUUUGCACUUAAUAUCGUGCCCACUACAGCAAAUGGUCAACUACAGCAACCUAUGCACGACUGCAAAUGCCUCUGGAUGUCUGGGAGAAUGCAGCUUGUCAUGCUAAAUCUGGGGGAUGCAAAAAUUUGUGUUGCAUGAUUACCAAAAGUAGCAGCCGUCCAUUUUUGACCAAGUUGGGAGUGAGUUUCUCAUCGACAGGAUAGGCAUGGUAAAUAAGAUCUCACAGUAGAAUCUGUCAUGCUAGAAGAUCCUGCAUUGCAGACCUUGACCUCAUGUGUCAUGUUGAACCUGCAUGAGAAGUCUUGUAAUCUUCCAGACAUCUUCCAGGGAUAUUUGCAUUUGAUAAAACCAACUACGUCGAUCCAGAACAGAAACAUGAUAGUACAUCAGCAACCGCAAAUAUCGCAAGAAAAAAGUGUUACAGUUACAACACAUUGUGUUGCAGGCCAAGCAAGACAGACAAGCUCUGUCAUGCCGGAUAUGCAUAGGGGCCUCGUUUCAUAGGUGUUUCCCCGUAGGAUUUCUGCAUUACAAGUUUUCUCUCUCAUGCAGAGAAAUUUGUGUUGCUGAAUUGCCUAGAAAUAUGUAACUGUAACACUUUUUUCGUACGAUAGCAAAUGAACCCGCAGGCCAAUGUCGGCUACCAAUUGCUCAGUUCCCUGCAAUAUGGAUUGCAAAAAUGUCUGGGUCUGGAAACUUGUAAUGCUGCGCUCGGAAUAAUGAAUGCUCUGUAAUGCACAGCCAAGCAUGAGAAAUAUCUGCGCUUCUUUGUGUUGCGUUUUUCGCAUGACAGACUGCGUUUUUGCAUGACAUGCGAAAGGGUCUCUUCUCGGACACGCAUCACAAUUUUUUUGGUCAUGCCAGACAAGCAUGACAAAUCUCGCAAUCUUCCAGACCCAGACAUUUUUGCAUUUGAUAUGCAAAAAAUCACAAUCCGCGAGAAGAUCCGGCUGUCGCAAAUUUUUUUCGGCUGGGAGCGGGUAUGACAGUGCACAGUUCCCUCUCCCCCUCAUUUGUAUUGCAUGAACCAACAGCAAUGCAAACACCAGCACACGUAGAGCCUGUGCAUGGGUGGCAAAUUCAUGGGCCUAGUGUAUUACUGUGUGGGGUUCCGGAAUCUGUCUUGCAUAAUAGUGAUACAUCAAGGGAAGGAUUUUUUUGCAUGAGAAAUGAGAACGAGGGGGAGUUCUUGUGCACCCUCAUAGCGGGCGAACCAGUACCAAAUUGAGACGACUCGGACGGUUAUUCCAGGCGCGAUCGCUAUGCAAGAAAAAACUGUGUACUUAAGUCUAAGUGUAGUUCUGUAUAUGCAGAACAUGCAACAGAGUUAAUACACCUGUCAUGCCGGACAGGGACAGCCAUGAAGUCCUCUUUUCCUGUGUGUUUUCCCUCACAAGUCACGCAUGACAGGUUUUCUCUAUCAUGGUAGAGCAAAUUUGUAACGCUGGCAGCCAAAGAAAGUUACACUAAGGCUACAGUUUUUUUCGUGGAUAAUCGUCGGGGGCGGAGGUGGUCCUGGUCCUCCCUUCCCGCCCAUAGCAGGCAUGGCACCGCAGCCCUCAUCUGGCAUGGCAGGACAAACCGAUGUCAACCCGGUAACCACAACCGAGACCGUGAUGUAUGCGCACGAGAGAUCAACGUGCCUCGAGAGACAGUGUUGCCCGGCUGGCGUCAGGGGGUACGAGAUGACUAUUUCCCUGUUCGUAUCCUGUGGAAAAUCGUCCCCACACCAGAGUUGUCAUGCGAGUGCGCAAUGACAGGAACAUUUGUAAUGCGCAGCUCCAUGAGAGGCAUUUUCAAUCGUGUUUUGGAAUUUGUAAUGCAGAAAACAGGAAGAUGAGAAAAUUUGCAAUGCGGCGUGCCUUGCCAACUAGCACUACAUUGCAAAGAGAAAGUUGUCAUGCACAGCUCCCAAAACUUGAAGAUUUGUGUUGCUAGAUCCCCAACUUGACUAUGGGGUGGGGACGUUUUUGCUUAGGAUAGUUCGGUGGAACCACCGGAGGAGCUGGAGUUCUGCCAGCUGGUAGAGUCAUGCCAGGCUCAGGCACAUCAAGUACUACAAUGCAGAUGCAGGGGCGACAACAAACCACCAUUCCGACAUUGGGCGGGUACCAGGACCCAAACCCGUGGAACUCCACGCUGAUUCCCUACUUGUACUUCAAAAAGCCGACCGCGUGCGCGAUUUGCUGCUUCUGUCGGCCGGAGAUUGAAUUGGUGGAUUUACAUUUGAACACGACCGCAGGAUACAUCGAAAACCCAUUCAAUUGCUGCGGCAUGCACUAUAUGAGUUGCAAAAGUAUCGUAAUCGUACUCGUCGUAUGAAUGCAUUACAAAUCUCCUCAGCAUGAGAAAUGAAAUUUGUAAUGCGGAUUGACCUUAAGAAAAAGAUUUGUGAUGCAUGACUGCUGCAAUACGAGCACGAUAUUUUCGCAUUUGAUACACUACGUGAUUCUCGACGCUACUCGGCGGCCGAUUUUCGAAGUUCACGGUGAUUCGUGUCAGUGCGGGUUGAUUUGCCGGUGUCCCUGCGGGCCGUGCAACAAGGUGGUCUUUGACGUGUUCGAAUUACUCCCGGACGGCGGCGCCGGCCGGACCGCGCGGGGCUCAAAAGUAGCGGAAAUUCGCAAGCACUGGGGCGGGUUCCUGCGGGAUUGGAUCGCCGGUGACGCUUAUCAAAAGGAAAAAUCUCCCCUUGUUCCCUUGCAUAUCGAGAUAGAAAUCUGUGAUGCGGGAUUUGUGUACACAAAUCGGAUUUGUUCUUUUGCAGUAGAAGACCGCAGGCAGAUACAAAGCCGGAGUAGGGGCGUUUUGGUGUAGCCGCCUAGCAAGGCAGGCAUAUCCUCCGCACGCCAUACAGCAGCACAGACUGCCUGCAGAACGCGGCGGGGUUUUUUGAUCUGCCUUCUUGCAAUACAGGGACGAUGUGAUGUGGCCUCAAAUCAGCAUCACAAAUUUUCAGAAGUAUCCCGUUUGGGUAUGGGGAGGGGGGAUUUUUCCUCGCAAAAACGCGGGCCUGUACGAGGUGGAAUUCGGAGCGAUUGGAGACGUCGCACACAAGGGGUUGCUGAUUGCUUGUGCACUGUUUCUGAGUGAGGAAUACUUUACCCGAGGGGGAUUCGACCAACGCGAUGAGAGCUUGCUCGGCGGGUUGUUUGGAUAAAGGCUGUUUAGGCUGCAUACUAUACAAAUGUUGUGUGAAUGAAUUAGAAUGGCACGACCACGCGACGUGAUAAUUGAGCUUGUCUUUACGUGAAGUGGAAAUUUCGGUGCUGGAUCAUAUUAAGGUGCCGAGGAAGAUGAAGUCUAGAGAAAUGGAAAUCAAUACUUACCAU